AUGACAGUUAUGCUUUUCUUCACUCUUGUCCUCUAUUUCCCAGCCGCAUUAGCUUCAAUCCACCCGAUAACGGUUGUGGGCAAAAGUUUCAUCGAUACUGUCACACAGCAGCCCUUCUUUAUCAAAGGAGUGGACUACCAGCCGGGUGGCUCUUCGGGCGCCUUUCAAUCCUUCGACCCCUUGUCGGAUCCACAGGUUUGCGCCCGAGAUAUCGCUCUAUUUCAGAAAAUGAAACUCAAUACCAUCCGAGUUUACAAUAUUGACAGCAGCUUGAACCACGAUGCAUGUAUGACAAUGCUUGCUGCUGCUGGAAUAUACUUGGUUUUGGAUGUCAAUUCGCCAUUGCCGGACCAUCAUCUCAACCGGUAUGAGCCGUGGUCUACAUACACAAAAGAGUACCUCAAUAAUGUCUUCCUGGUGGUCCACCAGUUCAGCACAUAUAACAAUACUUUGGCCUUUUUUGCGGGAAAUGAAAUUAUCAAUGACGAAAUAUCCGCUUCCAAGUCUCCAGUUUACGUCAAAGCAGUGGUGAGGGAUAUCAAGCAGUACAUUCGAUCAAAUUCUCCCCGAAUAAUUCCCGUGGGAUAUUCUGCAGCGGAUGACCUUAACUAUCGAGUUCCGUUGACACGUUUCUUGGAGUGCGCCACAAAAGACUCCACUGAAGCGAUAGACUUUUAUGGUGUCAACUCCUACCAGUGGUGUGGCGAACAAACCUUUUAUACAAGCGGAUAUAGCGUACUCGUCGACGCAUAUAUCAACUUUUCGAGGCCUGUGUUCUUUUCGGAGUACGGUUGCAAUACGGUUCAACCACGCAAGUUUGGAGAAAUGAGGUCACUUUAUUCAGAAGACAUGAACCGAGUGUUUAGUGGAGGGUUGAUUUAUGAAUUCACUCAAGAACCAAACAAUUAUGGGCUUGUGCGAGUUCUUCCAAACAAAAAUGUACAGCUUCUUCCUGACUUCCACCAGGCGAAAAGGCAAUUUGCUGCUGCUGCAGAAUUGAAACCAAGUACUGGAUCAAGACGCAAUCUGCGUGGAAAAGUCAAAGUGAAUCCAAGUCCUCCCAAGUGUGAGGCAAAUUAUGCCAAAAUUCAUACCACUAAAAUUCUUCCUCCGUGUCCUGUGUUAGAUCUCAUUCACAAAGGAGUGAAAAGCAAGCAAGGAACGUAUGUCCAGCUUACUGAUUCCUUACUUAAGUCACCGUUCAAAGUUUUGGAUGUUGAUGGAAAGCUGAAUGGUAUGUAUAAAGCCGAGGUCUUCGCAAACGAAGGCGAAGGAGAGAUUGAACCAUGUGCCGAUUCUGAUGAUAGCAUGUGUGAUACUUUAACUCACGAUUCGCCGUCCACUAGUCAGACUCUGGGCGGAGAUAAAGCUGAGCAGCCGAAUUUGUUGGAUGCAUUUCUCCAGAAAGUCAACUGGAUCUUUGCAUAUCUAUUUGAUGCUGGAUCCACUUAG